GCAGAAACUUAUGCGAAUUUCACUUUUAUAGACUGUUCUAUUGUGUAUGCAUAUCGUUUUCGAAAUGGUAGAUUGUGUCCAAAAGCGGCAAUGGACCUCCGAAAUCAUGCACUCCGCCAACGGAUCCAAAUAAUCUUCCUGCUUCAAAACUAGAAUGCUGGUUCACGAGAGAAAUGUUUGAAGACCUGUUCCCAUUUGCCAAUCUUGGAUGGGGUCCUUCGAGUUGCUGGCCAUAUUCUUACGAUGUUUUCAAAAUUGCAUCCAGAUACUUUCCAGAAUUUGGAACUUCGAUCAAUGUCAACAAUACUAUGUAUAUACUGCAUGAAAAUAAGAAACGAGAUUUGACGGCUUUCUUUGCCCAUGCUAUUCAAGAAACUUCAAAAUUGAUGAAUUUCAGACAUCAGUCCGAUCAAGAUGCAUCAAACUGUUUCUACCGUGGAGGAUUUUAUAACUGGUUUGAAAGAGGACCAACAAGUAGCUUUUUGGACCCUAAAACUCCUGGUUAUACUCCAGCCGACGGAAACUCAUGUGCAUCUUCUGGUCUUUAUUGUUCUGCUUCUGAUCAAAUAACUUAUUUCUAUCCAUGCUCAAAUUCAACAAUUUCAAACACUGUUGCUUCCCAUAGAGGAUGCUAUUUUGGACGCGGAACAAUUCAAAUUUCGUACAACUACAACUACGGACAAUUCCAGGAUUCCAGAACAUUGAAAAAAAAAACUAAUAAUUCUUCUGCAUUUCACACUUACUUUAUUGUCAUCAUGAGUGUCCGGAAGAUCUGA